CCAUUCGCCUUUGCAAAUGUAUUCUAUGAUAUGAUAUGACUCUUUGCCGAAAUUUUGUAUAACCUCAAUUUUUUUAAAAGUCUUUUUAGGAAAUACAAUCAAGUUUAAAUGUUAUAUUUUUAUACUGUUGUCGUUGAAUAAUUUUCGUACCAUUCAAAUUUUAAUUGUGUCUUCGAUGUUGGAACUGAUCGAACUUGCAGCUUCGUAAUAGUUGGAGGUUAUGAACGGAUUCUGUACAUUAAUCAUACGAAAAUAUAUUUUCGCGUUAAGCAUAUAUCUAUUUUGUGUAGCAUACACAACUAAACUUAUGUUUUAUUAUGAAGCGACGUCAAAGGAGACCUGUCUUAGAACUUAAUCAAGCGCAAACUGGUUCUCACGGGGAACAUGUACAAAAUAAAAGAAAGCAAGUAACCAGUGAUUACUCUGGGCAACAUGUGCCUGCAAAUCCUUUGGCUAAUUUACUUUGCCACUACAAUUCGGAUAGCGACAACGAAGAUGCUAAGAAGGAUGUUUGUAAGUUGGAUGAUCAAGUCAACAAUUUCCUUAAGGAAAUUCAACUUAUUGCCCCCAAGCAACCACUUCCAAACGAUUGUAGUAAUUCUACCUUAACUCCAAAUUCGAAUACCCACUCCUCCCCUCAUAUGAAUCAACAAGCAAUGAUGUGGCGAGAGUGUAUAGAUGAAUCUUCAGGUUAUCCUUAUUAUUGGCACAUCGAAACCAAUGAGGUAACAUGGGAGAUACCAGAGGAAUUACGCUAUUUAAAGAACAACGUUAAAUCAAACUCUGUCGUGAAACCACUUCCCAUGCAAGAACCGCACUGGGUUGAUUUUUCAUCUGCAGCAUAUCAACAAUCUCAUGAAAACAUCCCAGAAGGCAUGAUACCAAGGGAAGUAGUGGUUCGAAAUCGUAACAGAUACAUUUGCAACGAAACCACUCAGAAACGCGAACAUCAGGCCGAUCAAGACAUCGCAAACGCGUCUGAUAACGAGUCCGACGAUGGAAAAAUAGAAAUGAUAACGUCGUAUGGAAGCGACGAAAGCGAUUCGGAUACCAUAGACGAGAAUCAUUCGAAAAAUCGAGUACCUUCAGCGUCUGCAACCGAAUCGACAAAUGUCAGUUCGAUGACGAAACCAAAAAACGUUGAAACAUAUUCUCCAGCGGCGCCUGCGACACAGCUACAACUGCCAACAGCUUCCCAAAGCUCAGACAAGGACUACGACGACAAGGAUACCGCGGAAGGCACAAAGAUAGAAGCAUCGUUAAAUUCUAAAUCGAUAGAAGAGGCAAAGUACUUAAAAACCCAAGAGUCUGAAGAGUACACGAGUAAAGCUAGUUGCGAUAAUCGAGCGAAGAAAUGCAGUAAUAAACACAACGUUAACUCCGAUUUGGACUUCCGCAUCUCCUUGGUACCUGGCUACGACGAGGACUCCGACGUCGAGGAAGAGUCGGAAGUCAAACAAGAAAGGAAGGCUUUGUUUCCAAUUCCUCAAACCGAUGUUAACACUGAAACUGCAUCUCUUUCGCGGAGGAACAUCCAGAACAAGCACAGUAUCCUUGAUGAUGGUCAAGCGAUGGACAGUAACGAUAGCGAUAGCAACGUUGAAAGGAAGAUAGUCCAACAGCAAGACAACGAGAGUGCUUCAGAAGGAGUAGACUGCGGAGAAGAACCAAGCGUGAAGCCAGAGGACAAAUUAAACAAGUUUCUGGAAAAUUUACAUGGCCGUAGCAAAUGUUUCCAACGAAAGAAACGAAUCGCGUUUGAUGUUCCCUUGACGAAGGCUAAGGUGAACGACGAUAGCGAGACGAAAACACUGGAGGUGGAGGACCAGCAGGAGGAAGCAAAUUCGUGCGACAACACAGAGCGUGAUGACGAAUCGCGCGUCAACUGUCAGGAAGAACAGAAUACACAGGAAGAUACGACGGAGAACGUCGAUUCGAGGGAAGAGUCGAGCAACAUCGAGGAGCUAACGAACACGCCAUCGGAACCACCUGCUGAUUCGAAGGAAGACGAAGUAGAAGUGAACCAACUGUCGCAGAUCGUACUCGAGAAACUAAAGUUUCUGUCCGAGGGAAAGCCAACUGUGUCCCCUGUUCAAAUGAUGUUGAUACAGUUACAGACAUUGUUUGUUGCGUGGGAAGGAGGUUGCUUAGAAAAAAGUUACUUGUCUAGAUGGUUGACUGACACCAGUCACGAACUGGAACGCUUGGAACAAGAUGCUGCACCACCUGGAUGGCUUUGUCAGUGGGAUAGGUCGCAUAAGCGAUAUUAUUACCAGAACACUACCACUGGAAUAACGCAGUGGACCUAUCCGGACACUGGCAUCGCCGGUGGCGCUGAAGAAAUGGAGAUUUGCUCAACGCCUCCGCCGAUAGACCAGGAAGAAAUGGUUAUUCCUGCAGCAGAAGAGGACGAAGGACUGAAGUCAAAGCCAAAGAAGUCACAGGAGAGCAGCGAACCAGUGGAAGACGCUAUGGUUCUGCGGAAUUGCGACGUAGAAGCUCCUCCUCCGCCACAGAUCUCAAACCCAAGCCCACCACCACCGCCAAGAAUAUACGCCAAUGAUUUGAAGAAGGACAGGAGGAAACGAGACAACAGCAAUGAUAUAUUGAACAGCAAGAAACAACGUCUGGGAGAAGAGGGGCCAGUGAUAGCAGAGAUGAACCAACUGGAGAAUCCUUCCAUACCUAUUCAUUCUUCAGCUUCGUUGUCACCCCAAACAACAAAUCUUGCGAAUGUAACCAACGUAACCAACGUAACAAACGUGGAACCCUUGCCACCAGGUGUAGACCUAACCGAGGCGCCUUACGAGUUACCUGCAACUGCUCUGAAGAGGAUUCUGUACAGCGCUGUGCAACCACAGGGCGGGGCACUGUACGAAGCCACCGCGAGGGAUCCAACAGUUCCUAUUUUAGGUCAUCCUGCAGCCCUAGUCCAAGAACAUUAUCUUCAGUAUCCUGCUUACCAUCAACACUUACACUCUACAGCGGCCUUAGUACUUCCACACAAGCAUGGCGUGCAACCAGCGAUUCAACUGAUACCAGAUUACACACCCUUGUACACGAAUCACAAGGUAAUCGAGAAACCACCUGUGAAAACAGCCAAGGAAUCUCUGGUGUCCGCCCUGGACUCGUUUUACAGUGACAUAGCUCGCAUAGAGAGCAGUGGGCCAGAGAAACCAGCUCAGAGACAAGACAUCUUGGUAAUGGAACCGUCUUCCUUGCCUAUAGAGGAAACUAGCGUAGACGCCGAGCAAGAUCUUGUUGAGCCUACGACGAAGGAGAAGAAGAGGAAAAAGACGAGAGUUGGUAUCAGCAAGAAGCAUAAGGAGGUGUCCAGUAUGGUAGCUAAAUGGCAAAAGGUACAACAGAACUUUGAAAACACGUAAAGUAGAAAUGGAAAUGAAGAAAUAGCGAUCGACGAAAAGCAGGUGCAAGCGUGUAACGUUUAUAGUGCAUUGCAUUUCCGCCAGUAUAGCGUUCUGGCCCUUGCAGUCACGUUGUUACGAUUCCAUGUUCCCCUUUUCUAUUUAAAAAAUCCCGUACGAUUAAUAUAAAUAAUAGAAUGUUCGGGACGUUUGCUGUAGAAACAGUUUACGCGUGCACAAACCACGAACCGUAGAAGAGAAACGUUGUCGCGAAUCUACAGGCAUUUAAUUAUUGUUCGCAUUAUUUUCUCGCGUAGUUAGAACAUUAAUGUAAAAAGUUUAACGUAAUUAAUAUGUUCCCAUUGUUUGAAAUCAGUGUGAUGGUUUGACACCUUCCAAACGAUGCAAAUUUAGUAAUUUAGUACUUUAUUCAUCGUUGGAAUCGUGUAAUCUUUUCUAAAAGCGACUGAUGGAAUUAAACGAAUAUUAUUCGAACGCGAGACGAUAUAGAAUGUAUAAAUCAUUAACCAGAGACGAUAUUUAGAUACUUCUGUGGGUAGUCGAAUAUUUUUUAAAUAAACUACACGAGAGUAUCGUCGUGAAACUUUCUUUGUAAGAUUGUAUGCGUUACCGAAUUCAACUUUUGUAACGAUGUGUAAAUAUACCAUGACGAAAUAUA